CCACUUGGCCAUCAUUACUGAUCAAGGUCAAGUGCUAUCUUGCCUCUGUGGAGAUUUCCAGCAACAGUGGCUGCCCGUGAGCGUGCGCAGUUGGUCGCCUAUGCGCCUCGUGUACUCCGUGGCGCACUACAGCUGGAACAUGCAGGGCUUCCAGUUCACCAGCUCCUACGCCUUCGUCGUGGAUUCGGUGUGCGGCUACGCGAGGAUCUCCGAGCCCGCAGGUGAAAUUCACUCCAAGAACAUAUCUACAAGUGCAAUGAAACUGAAUCACUACUUCCAUCAGGACUGUGUAUGGCUUUUGGAUUCAAAAAUAGAACGUCAGUUGACUAUAGAACUUGCAACGGAGCAAAGCAGACCGUGUACAGCAUGGAAUAUAUCUGCCUACAAAUACGAUGACAGUACCAAUGACAAUUUUGGAGAACUACUUCAUACUUUCUGUCCCCGAGAUAGAAGAAAAGAAAUACCCUUGCCUUGGAAACUGGAUACAGUGUUACUCAGAUUACGAGCAACAACAGGAACCGCUCCGGAAUACUCAAUAAGAUGGACGUCGCAAAUCGUUCGCGCCAACACGCGAGUCUCGGGGCCUACGUCAGCCCCCUCUGCAGCAGCUGGCAAAUGGAUGGGUCCGUGGCUCGGCUCCCUCCUCGUGUUACUGUGGUACCGCUCAUAAUGCUUGUGUAAGGAAGACACUUUCACUCGUGUUACCAUGUGCCUUUAGAAUUGUUCUGCAAGUUCGCACCGACUCCGUGUUUUGUACCAGAAGACUCUUUUGUAUCUGAAGGCUGUUUUGUACAUGAGACCCGGGGCGUGGAGGAGCUGUUGUUCUUUAAAACGAAGAGGCCGCAGAGAGAAAAAACUUUCGGGAGAUUGAGGAGAAUUUUGCAAAAGAGUUGGAGAUGACGUACAUCCAUCUCACGAGACAUCCACAAGAAAUUUACGACCUGAAGUUAUUUGUAAAUUGAAAGACGGUAGUGACCCUAAAUGAGUUAUUGAGUGAAAUGAAUGUUGUUCGAAGAGUGUACCCGCUCAAAAAAUUGUACCACAUGAAAAGAUGUCUAUGUUAACUAGCACCAGAAGCGCUGUUGAAUGUAUUGAUGAGAGCGUGGCACAAUAAAUCAUAUUGUUUAUAAA